GACGGCACGAGAUCCUGCGGGCGGUCGUGGGCUGCUUCCUUCUAACCCUUCUUUUCUACUUGCUCGAUGCGAGACAUCCCAAGUCGUCGCUAUACUGCACGAGGCACGCGAUUAUGCCCGACAACGAACUCGAGGCUGCCAAGGGACUCCACGUAGAGGACAUCGACUGCAGCCUGGUGGUGCGCCCGACCAGAACGGCGCUCGAUCUAAGGUUCUUCGGGGAGGUAUCCUACAGCUUUGAGAUAGUGGCGGCGCGUCUCGUGAGGCCGCCGAAGCGCCCGCCGGACGCUAGGAGUGGCCGCUGCCGCAACAAAUGUUCACCGGGGAAGGCGUGUCCGUGCAACCGCGACAGUCCCGCGCGAAGCCGAAGGCUUGCGGAGGACUUCGAGCCGCUCGGGAAGACGGAGGUCGCCAUUAGUUUGCCUGAGGGGGACGGGGAGGGUCAGAAGGGAGAGGCGGGGGGGGGGGGGG